GCCACUCCCCAAAGCAUAUAAAGUGAAGAACCGUAUCCAAGCGGAGAAAUGCUGACUUUAAGCUAACUCCUCUGAUCAUGUCCCUGAUCUAAAAUCUUUCAACAGCAACAUCUUCAGCUAUCAUCUACUCAACACCGCUCUACAGGGAAUAUCGAGAAUGUCUUCUAAGCUGCAAGAGCCCCAAGGGAGCCCGCACACUCUAAGCUCGGUCCCGGAAAGCCAAAAUCCCCCUGAAAACAUCAGGAGAUCCCGUGGAGCGAGCACUGCCGAGCUUGAUAUGUCGCAUUAUCUUUAUUUUGAAGAUAACGAUUGCUUUUUCCCGCCAACCGAGUUGGGUCAGAAACCGCCGAGGCAGGGCGAAAGACGAGCACCAAGGCAAUCGCUAAUGGAUGCGGAACAACCGCGAGCCCCAGAGGAAUAAGGGCCAGUCAGGCGUUAUUUCAAGGUUCGAGGCUUGAAAUAUCUUGCUAAAAUGUAAUAGCUAAUACGCUGAGCAUAGCCUGCCGAAGAAUCAUUUAUACUACUCUAGAGUUCAACCCAAGAACAUUCAAAUAAUUAGCCGGUAACUAUUAUUGUUAAAAGUUAUUUCGUACUACAUACAGUAUUACCGGUAGUGUAUGGGAUUUGAUGUCCAAACCUCCUUAUAUUACUACAUGGACCCUGGUAGCCCUAUAUGACUAUGAGUACUUUUUUCCCCUUCAUUCUUUUCUUGGCAAGGCAAUCCAGCCUCAAUCUCGAUAGAAAACAAUAUACCCUGUACUUUAU